AAGUGAUUAGCCACAUCCUCCAUGGGCAGGUGCGUUACCUGUGGAUUCCCCAGGAAGCAAUUCUUUCGCUCUGGUGCUACAGCUCACCUACACAAACAGAAUCAGCCGACAGAAAAGAGCGUGGGAUAGUUUAUGUCGUCGUUUCUCAAUUCAUCGCAAUCCGCCUUUUGUUUCAGGACGCGUGUCUGCAGUCAGUCCCGCACGGGUUUUGGUGUCAGACGGAGGGAAGUGCUUCCUGAUAAUAAGGAGGUGCGUCUUAUUUCCAUUCCAGUGAUUGACUGCGCACGGCUUUCACCGCCGGAACUGGAGGUAUUGACGCAUUGUGGAGUCGACAGGGGGUAGCACUGCAACCCCGGCUUCGCUACACAACGGAGGCAUCUGUAGGGGAAACCGCGAUGGCCGUGGUGCAGCUCGAAACGGGGGACCAUCAACCUGAGAACGGCUUCGUGUCACCCGAAACCACGUCGCCGGAUCUGCUGACACGCAUCGACAGCUCUGUUCUGCCAUUUCUAGGUGGAUUUGGGAAGUACCAGAAACAGCUGAUUGUGCUGACAUGGAUUCCGGCGUUAUUUAUUGGAUUCAGUCAGUUCUCUGAUAAUUUCCUCCUCGCCCAGCCAAACAGCACAUGUAUCCAGUCUUUGGCAAAUCUGACUAACCAUAGUACAGCUCAUUCCUCGCUGUUAGGCAGCCCAAAAAACAUCAGUGAGCGACCGGAUCCAAUUUAUGUCAAUGGAAGUUCCACAAACAACAUCACGACCAGCAUGUCGUGUAACAACAAUGAGUGGACAUUCGAGCUGCACACAGGACUUAAGGAAAAUGUGGUUACUAAGUGGAGUCUGAUGGGUGACUCAGCAUGGAAAGUCCAUAUUGCAAAGUUUUCUCUGUUGGUUGGAUCCAUCUUUGGAUAUCUGGUGUUUGGAAUAUUAGCUGACUGGUUUGGCCGCCACCCAGUGCUGAUCAUAUCAGUACUGUUCAUGUUGGUGUUUGGUUUUACUGUGGCCUUUUCUAGGAACGUCCCCAUGUUCAGCACCUUGCGUUUCUUUGAGGGCUUCUGCCUGGCAGGAAUCACCCUUUCUCUCUACGUCCUUAGGAUCGAGCUGUGCCUGCCAGGAUGGCGAUUUUCCAUGACCAUGGUGGCCAGCUUUGUGGUUUUGGGUGGUCGGCUCUUGAUGCCUGGAGUGGCGUACCUCUGUCGCAACUGGCAGGUACUUCAAGCUGUCAUCAUCUGUCCCCUGCUGCUUAUGCUGUCCUACAUUUGGAUCUUCCCUGAGUCACUGCGUUGGCUGCUCGCCACUCAGCAGUACGGUCGCUCCAAGUGGAUCAUGGGACACAUAGUAGAGAAAAAUCAAGUGAACGUGGAGCUUGACCCAGAGAACAUCCUCGCAGAACUACAAAGAUCUCUUCAACAGAGGCCCAAAAAAACAUGCAUUGUGAAAAUGGUUGGGACGAGGACCCUUUGGAAGAAUAUCGUUGUGCUCUGUGUCACCUCGUUAACUGGUUAUGGGAUCCACCACUGCUUUGCCCGCAGCAUGAUGGAUCCUGAAGCUCAGGGAACCACCAUAUUCCCUGACUUCUAUACACACUAUUACACAAUGGCAGGCAUCGCGGUUGCAUCAUGCAUUGCACUAUGUCCAGCGGUCGGCCUGAUGGGCCGUCGUGGUGGCCUUCUUCUGUUUAUGAUCAUCACUGCCCUCGCAUCUCUGCUGCAGUUGGGUCUACUUAACUUGUUGGGAAAAUACAGUGAACACCUGAAAAUAAAUACCACAAGUACAAUGAAUACGCAUUUCACCAUUGGCUUCUCCGCUAUCGGUAUGUUCUCCUCCCACGCAGUCAGCGCCCUGAGCAUCUUCUUCUGUGCUGAGAUCACUCCCACUGUGAUCAGGGGUGGUGGUUUAGGCUUGGUCCUGGCCAGCGCUGGCUUUGGCAUGCUUACUGAACCCAUCAUGGAACUCCACAAUCAGAAGGGCUAUUUCCUUCAUCACAUAAUUUUUGCCUGCUGCACUCUCAUCUGUAUCAUCUGCAUUCUCCUGUUGCCUGAAACGCGCAAUCAGCCACUCCCCGAGACCCUGGCUGAUGUCGAGAACUACACCCGUCCGCCCCUGCUUCCCCCGAGGAAACCUGGAUUGCUGCACACGUCUGACAGCACCAGGGACUACACAAGAGUGCGUGACACACCGCUUCAUGAAGCGCCCAUCAUCAUCAUGGACUCUACUGCCUCUUCAGCUAUUGAUUUGACUGGAGGUAUGCAGUUAAUCGAGAUGCACUCUUGUGUGGUUGGCCCUAAAGAUCCCAACGGUCACUCGGUUUCAUCUUCAUCUACGGGCAACAUGAUGACACUGGGUAAAGACGCCAUCACACAGGGCAGUAAAGAGCACCUGCUGUCUUCCACUCCUUUACACAAAGCCCCGUGUGUCACAGACCCACUUUUAGCUGCUGCAGAAGAACCUCCUGCAAUCGUCCUGGAGUCUGUGGAACCACUCUUAGAUUCAACCCUACCUGAAAUGAAUGACAGUGGUGAAUCCCCAACAAGAGAAGCAGAAAUUACACCUGCUACUUCAUUGGAUUCUUCCACUCCCCCCGUCCCUCAAACUGUACCCUCCUCUUUACUGAUCUGCACCACGCCCAUCAUCGAGCCCCCACCGAGCUCCACUUUAAAAUCUCCGAACCCGCUGGAUAAUGACAUCGAAAAUAUAAGCACAACAUCUGACCCGCCCUUGCUCAAGGAUACUCACGCCACUUCAGUGGGUUCUCCUUCUCCUCCUUCCAUAAGAGACAGUCCUCCUUCUCCUAUGGAUGGAGGAGAUGAGGAUUUAUCUCCUCCUUCCGUAAGAGAUCAACCCACCCUCCUUCUCAUAGACUCCCGGCCACCUCAGUUAGAUUCUACCUCUCCCUACGUUGAAGAAAAAUCCGUUUUACCUCCAAACACACCUCCUCCAUCCAUUGACUCAGAGGACUCUUCCACUCGCGCUGUCAUAAAUACAGUCAACAAUGCAGCACAGUCUCCUUCCAUUCUCCCUGUCACAGACAUUGCGCGUACCUCCACUCUGGAAUCAACCACUCUGACUGUCACAGACACUGAACCACGAUCAGCCGCUCGCCUCGUCUUAGAUUCAGUACCAUCUUCCAUCACAGAUUCAGCCUCCACAGACGCAACUCCCUCCUCUCUAAUGGACUGGACGGUGUCCUCCCCCAUAGACUCGGGUGUUGUCUCGAUCAGGGACAGGGACAGUGCCAGCACAGAAAACAGCACUGUCAACGGCAUGGCAUCAUCGUGAUCCACUUCUUCAGCCAGGAAUUGAAGCUUUAAGUGUCUCACCAGGAGGCAGCCACCCACAUGAACAUUGCAUCGAUGGGAACAGGAACUGGCCUGCUUAGACUGCAGGCACUAAAUGAAGACUGUUCCCCACCUGGAGUUGAGUUGACAUGUUUGCAAAGUUUCUGUUUUUUUUGGUUUUGUUUUGGGGUUUUGUUUUUUUUGUAUUUUGUUUUUUCAGUGCUGCUGCACCCUUUUGUGCAUUUAGCCACCUAAUGAGACCAUGCAAGCGGGAGAAUGCCACAGGCUGGUAUGUGACAAUGUGACAGUAACUUCUGCUCUUCGUUGAAUGUCACUGGAAAUCACCAGCGUUUUAACUACUCUGACGUAAAUGAACGGGGACAAAAUCACUGUCAUUUUUAAGAGACUUAAAGCAAUUCCCAUAAUUACUGAGACGUGUCAUCAGCACUGGGGAAGAAAUGCAAUGGUACUAAUAGCAAACAAACAAACAAAAAUCACUGGUACUUGUUUUCAAAGGUAAUGUCAAGAUAUUUGUACAAAAAAAGUUGCUUUAUAUGUAUGGACAAGUAAAUCUGAAUGUUACAAAGUGCUUUUUGUUGCUAUAGAGUUAAGCAAUCAGAAUUGGAGUAGUUUUUUUUCUUAAAAAGAAAAUGCCAAAAAACUACCCUGACCAAAAUAAAGUGUAGAAAUAGUGCCAAAAUAUAGUAUCCAUAAUAUAGUGAUAUAGUAUUUGCCUGUUUGGGAGAAUACUGUUAAGUGCUCUCCCCUGCUAUAGGCUAUAUGUGGAUACCUAUUCCAAAAUUAAGAAGUAAAGAAGAAGAAUGAACAAUUUAUCACCACUUGAUGAAUUAAAAUUGACAGAAAGCAUAUCUGUGAUGCAUAUGAGCAGUGAUAUUGGUGAAAAAGAAUGACCCACAUUUUGUCGGUCAGAAGAAACUUUUAUUUUUCCAAUCAUUCAAGCCAAUGAAAUUUAUGGUAUGCAAAUGUUUUUUUUGUUUUUUUUUUGUAAAUGUGUUAAUGUAAGUAUAUUGAUAAUUACUUGUUAAGCUUGAUUGUUUUUUUGUUUUGUUUUUUUUAAUUCAAAGUAUUGUUUUGAAUAAUCUCUCAUGGCGUGCCCUUAUUGUACAGAGCUAUACUUCAUUCUUACAGUAUUUGUGGCACCUCGGUGUGGUGGCACUUUAUCUUUCGAAGUGGGGACUAAGCAUGAAAAUUUAUUGUGAAUGUGUCGGCAACAAACAAAAAAGCUUAAAAAAAAGAAGAAGAAAAAAAAAUAUCAAAUCCUAAAAAAAUUUAUUUUUGAACCGAAACCCGAAAAUGUUUGACGUGAUUGCCAAAUGUCGCAGCACCACUAACCUUGUGUUUUCUGAAUCGUGGUCCGACAUUAAGAGUUUAUUAACGUCGGGGUGUUCAUACUUUCACAUGCACAACUAAGUUUACCUUAAAAGAAGGAAAAAAAAUGCAAUACUUCUUACAUUUGUCAAAACGACAUUUUAAAAAUACAGGUCACAACCGUUCAGUCAGAUUAACCGACUGAUAUUCUUAAAUUGAUAGACUUUUGCUUGAGGAGGCACUUUUCCUUCCAAAGCCCAUGUCCGUCUGCGGACAACAUUAUACUUGACUUAAAUGUGUGUGAAACUUGACAGUUGUUGUAGUACUUUGUGCUUUGGAGGUUGUAAUAUUUGUCUAAGGAAGGAUGUGUGAUUACAGAUAAUCCACUGUUUACAACAAUCCUCGUAAUAAUGAUCAUUAAUAAUAAUAAUAAUAAUAAUAAUAAUAAUAAUUACACUGUACUGUAAAACUUUAGAGCCAACUGAGUGAUGUGUUGUCAUUUCAAAUGUGCUAAAAUGAUCACAGUGUAUCAUAAUUACUUAUAUCCAGGGAGUAUUUGGAGUUCUAUUAAGGUGUCAUUCAGGAGUCAAACGCAACAGCCGACUUGACGGAAGAUUUUCCGUAAACCUUACAGCUACUUCAGUCACUAGAAUUAAGUUUUGCUUUUAUCAAACUCAACUUUGCACUGACUAAAGCCUGCAUAUCCUUUGAUAUUUAUUUGAAUGAUUGCGCAAGCCUACCUGUGGUUGUUUUACUCAAAUGCAGCUUAAAUCACACCACGAUGGCUCCACUUUUUGAUUGAUCUUGGGUGGCUGUGAACGAAGACCAUCUAGUCAUUAAUAUUGUUGAAAUAUUUCUUGAGAUCAUUUAAACCUGUGUAUGCUGUGCUGCUACACGUGAAAGCACAAUGACCUGCAAUCAUGUGAUGUCAGAUUUUGUUGGGGUUGACAACAAAAAAAAGGGAAAGUGGAGCAGGGUUUUAAGAAUGGUAUACAGAAAUGAUUUUAUUUUAAUUUUUUUUUUUUUUGCAAUAGAUCAGCAUGCGGUCUACAAUGUUGAAAAGGGUGUUGACACUAGAUUUAAUAAGGAAAUCUUGGAAUCUGCAGUUGAGAGUGGGUGGACUGCAGUGGUCAGUAGCUUCAUUUUACUCGGAAUCCUCCUCGGUGAAUGUUGAUCUCUCUCUAUCUCAGUGUGUAUUGCAGAAAUUGAAGUGUGUAUCAGCUAAAUCCCACGCAACAUCUGUAACGUUAAUGACGCAGCACGAUGCAACCAGUGUCUUCUGAGAUAUGUUGCUUCCUCACUUUUCUCCCGUGCAGAUGGGAGUAACUACACUUUUUGUUAAUAAUCCUUUUAUUUUACACUAUUUGAAGCAAAAUGAAAGUUUAGUGAAAGUAAUCCAAAGCAAUGUUAGCACCAGCGAUAGAAUAGGAUUUUUUAAUUGUUGGAAACGCAAGCAAAAAAGAGGAGGAAGAAGAAGAUUAUGUCUUUUGUAAAUACAGUAAAUGUAUGGAAACAUCGAGCUUAAAUAAGAUGAAGGAUCCUGGAUCUUAGCAAGGACUUGUUUUGAACCCGGCAGAUGAAAGUCUCACAUAGGACGGCCCCAGUAUACACAUUUCAGGUGUUGCUUCUCUUAACCAUGCGACUUAAGAUCUCUUUAAAGGGGAGAUUUAAAUGAAUGUAAAAUAAAUAAAUAAAAUAAUAACAAAAAAAAAAAAAAAACAUGGAUUGUACCAUUUAUAAAUUCCAGUUGUUUGGUUUCAUAUUGUUUUCAGUUUAACAGUCAUCAUGCACUUGUACAUAAGCCAUACCUGUUGUUAAAAUAAACCACUAUUUAUUGAUCAA